AUGGAACGUAUGCUCCGUGUGCUCGACUCUGAGAUCGCCAAGAUGCCUGAUGUCACUCUUUACAAGAACCGUAUUGACGACUUCCUGGACCACGAUGAUGAGUUCACCCUUGACACCCUAGAGGCUGAGAUCAAGAGAGUUUACGAACAGUUCAUUCGCUUCCGUGGUAACAACGAGGACUUGACUGCUGAGCUGGACUCUGCCACUGAGGAGUUGAACGUCGUACAGAACAGUCUCAGCUCUGGUUCUGUUGCUGCUGGCACUGGUGCGGCCCUCGAGGCUCCUCUAUUGCAAGGUGAGCCCACUGCUCGUGGUACUGGUAGAGAGCGUAUGGGCAUGCAGUUCUCUAACAUUGCUGGUGUUGUGAAGAUGGAGGAUCAGGAGAGCUUUGCUAGAACUGUGUUCCGUGCUACUCGUGGUAACACCUUCACUCAGUUCACUGAGAUCCCCGAUACUCGCAAGAGUGUCUUCGUCAUCUACUUCCAAGGCGCUGCUGCUAACAGUUACAUGUCCGCUAAGCUCCAUCGUAUCUGUGGUGCUGUUGGUGUUCACCUUUAUCAAUGGCCUGCUACUCAUGACGAGGCUAGGGUCAGAAUCAACGAGCUGCAGAGCAUCAUCGCUGACAAGACUCAUGCUUUGGCUGGCUUCGACAGGUUCAUUCGUGAUGAAGCCAGAGGCCUUGUCGAGCCCAUUCGUGUUGGUGGCAACUCUCGUAUUGAGGAAUGGAAGUUGUUCUGCAUUAAGGAGAGGAACAUCUAUGCUACUCUUAACCUUUUUGAGGGUGAUGUUACUCUGAGAUGUGACUGCUGGUACCCUUCUAAGGAGGAGGAUUCUAUUCGUCGUGUACUCGGCGAGUCUGAACUGGCUGCCUCUGCUAUGCUGGUGGCUGAUAUCGCCAAGCCUAGGGCGGCUCCUCCCACCUAUACGAAGACUAACGAGUUCACUGCUGCCUUUCAGGCUUUGGUCGAUACCUAUGGUAUCCCUCGUUAUCAGGAGUUCAAUGCUGGUGUUGUGAGUAUCAUCACAUUCCCCUUCAUGUUUGGUAUUAUGUACGGUGAUGUUGGUCAUGGUACUUUGAUCACAUGCUUUGCUCUCUGGGCCUUGUCCAAUGCUAAGAAGUGGAAGUACAGUGAUGAUGGGAUGCAGCAAGGUUUGGUCUAUGCUCGCUACUUGCUCUUGUUCAUGGGCCUCUUUGCCAUCUAUGCUGGUUGCAUGUAUAACGAUCUCCUCGGUGUUGGUAUUCACUGGUUCGUGACGCAAGACCCCAACCUCAACGGUGCACCAUCACUUAUCAACACGCUCAUAGGUAUGGGUCUGAGCCAGCCCAACAGGCAACCCCUGUAUGAAGGACAGUCGGACAUUCAGAAGACUCUCAUGAUUAUCACUGCUUGUGCAGUUCCCUUGAUGCUCAUUCCUAAGCCGGUGAUCAUCUUCAUCAAAAGGAAGCUCUCGAGUAGAGCUAGUUCUUCCUCGAGAAUGAAUGGUGAUCUAGAACAGCCUCUGCUUGGGGAACACAAGGGUCAUGAAGAUGAACAUGAUGAGGAACCGUUUGGCGAGGUGUGCAUUCAUCAGAUCAUCGAGACCAUAGAGUAUGUGCUGGGAACUAUAUCUCAUACAGCAUCAUAUCUCCGUCAAUGGGCACUGUCGUUGGCUCAUCAACAGCUGUCGCUGGUUUUCUUCCAGAAGACUCUUCAACCUAUGUUGGAAACCACGGGUAGCCUUCAAGCGGUUUGGAUCUAUCUGGGCUUCGCUGUGCUCUUUGGUAUCACUGUUGGAGUUUUGCUGUUUAUGGAUGUCCUGGAGUGCUUCCUUCAUACGUUACGUUUGCAUUGGGUGGAAUUUCAGUCCAAGUUUUACAAGGCUGAUGGUUACUCGUUCGUACCGUUUCGCCAUCACCAGGUGCUCGUGGCUGAGCUUAACAGCUGA